AUGAAGUUCUCAAAUGUCGUCACUCUUUUGGCCGCUGCCUCCUCUGCCUCUGCCUUUGCUAUCGACCUUGGGCAGUCUCCCAUCGGGAGUUUUGAUGAACCCGUCAGCUGGGAUGCCACCAUCCCCGGCGGCUCUCCAAUCGUUCACUGCUCAGACCCAGCCACAGACCUGGUAAAAAUUGACAGAAUUUACAUCAACCCAAACCCGCCUGCUGUUGGUAAAACAUUACACUUGGAGGCUUCCGGUGAAGUAAAGAGACGCAUCGAAGAGGGCGCUAUAAUGAAAGUAGAGGUUAAACUUGGCUAUAUCACCCUUAUCAAGCAGACUCUUGAUUUCUGCUCCAACCUCGAAAAAGCCAACACCACCGUCAACUGCCCAAUCGAACCAGGUCCGUUGAAAAUUGUCAAGGAUCAGGACCUCCCAAAGGAAAUCCCACCAGGUAAAUUCAAGGUUACAGCCGAGCUCUAUACUGAGAAAGAGGACGGCGACCUUAUUACUUGCUUGCACGCAGAAGUGACCUUUGCCCGCCGCUAA